CAAGCCGCAUUUCUCCGUCUGGCACCUCAACCGUGUGCCAUCCACACCGUCGGAUCUCGCUCUCGAUGGGUCGCACCUCUGUUGACCAACGGUCGACAAAACAAGGAGGGACCGGCGUUACUUUUCAUGAUUCGAAUUCCCCGGCAAGACUAUUCUUCCGCGAAGCAUGGUAGAAUUACCCAGGAGUUAAACUCAGAAAAUAUAAAGAGCAAUAAAUCUUAAUUUUCCAAGAGCAGCGGCGACAGCUUUCCCUCCACAUUUGCUCCGUUCUUCAAUGGCCCGAGCGAGGAGAAAGGUUCUGUGCGCUUCGGCUCGUGGAAACCCUAGAAAAGGAUAAACUGGAAGUGUCACAAGCUGGAGAUUCGGAAUAGCUUCAGUUCUUCUCUGCGCUUAUACGUCGAUUUACUCGAUUAUCAGGGAUCUGGUUAUUGAUUCACAAACCAGAUGGAAAAAGCUAGUACUGAGGAGGCAGGUGGUGCCCCAACCCCAUCAUCAUCAAAUAUACAACCAAAUGUAAAGCCUGAAAGAGGAGACCUUCCUAAGCAUGCUAUAAUCAGUAGACGUGGGUUUGGGAGUGAUGGCCGACGCAUAUCGUUGCUCACAAAUUACUUCAAAGUUUCUGUCAAACGUCCAGAUGGGAUAUUUUACCAGUAUAAUGUUUCUAUUGCUACAGAAGACAAGAGACCUGUUGAGAGCAAAGGAAUUGGGAGAAAAGUGAUUCAUGCGCUUUACAAAAACUAUUCGUCUGAAAUUUCUGGGAAGCAGUUUGCAUAUGAUGGAGAAAAAAGUCUAUACACUGUUGGUCCUCUGCCACAGAACAACUAUGAGUUCAAAGUGGUACUGGAGGAAUCAUUUUCAAAACGGGAGAGUGGUAGUCCUAGUCAGUCCAGCAAGCGGACAAAGCGUUCUCUGCCGUCAAAAACAUUCUAUGUAGAGAUCAGUUAUGCUUCCAAAAUUCCCAUCAAGGCCCUUGCUCUUGCCCUUGAAGGAACAGUGGCUGAUGGAGACACGCAAGAUGCACUGAGAGUGCUUGAUAUUAUAUUGAGGCAGCAAGCAGCUAACAGGGGUUGCUUGUUGGUGAGGCAAUCAUUUUUUCAGGAUGAUUUUAGGAACUUUACUGAUGUUGGAGGAGGUGUAGCUGGCUGUAGGGGGUUUCAUUCCAGCUUCCGCCCAACUCAGAGUGGCUUGUCCUUAAAUAUGGAUGCAUCGACAACUAUAAUCCUAAAGCCUGGACCUGUGAUUGAUUUUCUGUUAGCUAACCAGAAUGUGCCUGAACCUCGCUAUAUUGACUGGGCUAAAGCUAAAAAGAUGUUGAAAAAUUUGAGAAUUAAGACGAGACACACAAACAUGGAAUUCAAGAUAUCUGGCCUCAGUGAGAAGCCAUGUGUUCAACAAUUUUUUUCUUUGAAAGUGAAAGAGAGUGGCAAUGCAAGCAGUGAAGGCCAGACUCUUGAGAUUACUGUGUAUGAUUACUUCACUAAACACCGGAACAUAGAAUUAUCUCGUUCUGUAUACAUGCCGUGCCUAGAUGUUGGGAAAACAAAACGCCCCAACUAUUUACCAAUGGAGCUCUGUGAUCUUAUUUCACUUCAACGCUAUAAAAAGGCAUUAUCUACAAUGCAAAGAUCAUCUUUGGUUGAAAAAUCGAGGCAAAAGCCUCAGGAACGAAUACGAACAGUGACUGAUGCCAUGAGGAAUUACCGUUAUGAAGAGGACCCUCUGCUUGCUGCAUGUGGUAUUUCAAUAGACAAACAGUUGACCCAAGUUGAUGGCCGUGUCCUUGAUGCACCCAAGUUGAAAAUUGGUAAAAGUGAAGAUUGCAUUCCACGUAAUGGAAGAUGGAACUUCAAAAACAAGAAACUUUUGAGCCCAAUUCAAAUUGAACGCUGGGCAGUUGUCAACUUCUCUGCUCGUUGUGAUACUAGUUAUCUUUCCCGAGAGCUUAUUAACUGUGGAAGAAAUAAGGGCAUUAAUAUUGAGCGUCCAUAUACAUUAAUUGAGGAAGAUCCACAGACUAGAAGGGCUAGUGCUGCUACAAGAGUGGAUAAGAUGUUUGAACAGAUAAUAGCAAAACUUCCUAGCCCUCCCCAAUUUCUUCUGUGUGUCUUGCCAGAAAGGAAAAGUUCUGAUUUAUACGGACCUUGGAAGAAGAAAAGUCUAAGUGAUUUGGGAAUCGUCACCCAGUGUAUAUCUCCUACGAAGAUCACCGAUCAGUAUCUUACUAAUGUACUUCUUAAGAUCAAUUCUAAGCUUGGGGGAAUAAAUUCUUUGUUGGCGAUAGAGCGACCCACAUGUAUACCUCUUAUGAAAGAUACUCCUACAAUGAUCUUGGGAAUGGAUGUCUCUCAUGGGUCGCCUGGUCAAUCAGAUAUCCCCUCCAUAGCUGCGGUUGUUGGUUCUCUAUCUUGGCCACUUAUUUCAAGGUACAAAGCAUCAGUAAGAACACAAUCUCCAAAGAAGGAGAUGAUUGAUUGUUUAUACAGACCUUUGGCUAAUGGGAAUGAUGACGGUAUAAUCAGGGAACUGCUUCUAGAAUUCUAUAGAACUAGCAAAGGGCGCAAACCAGUGCAGAUUGUUGUGUUCAGGGAUGGUGUAAGCGAUACACAAUUUAAUCAAGUUUUGGAUAUUGAGCUUCCGCAGAUCAUGAAGGCCUACCAGCAUCUUGGUGAGGUUGACUUUCCCAAGUUCACUGUGAUUGUUGCUCAAAAGAAUCACCAUACAAAGCUAUUUCAAGCUGGUUCUCCUGAAAAUGUUCCCCCAGGGACAGUUGUGGACACAAAUAUUGUGCAUCCCACGAACUAUGAUUUCUACAUGUGUGCACAUGCAGGAAUGAUUGGAACUUCACGGCCAACACAUUAUAAUGUCUUGCUUGAUGACAUUGGUUUCUCUCCUGAUGAGCUGCAAAGUUUUAUCCACUCACUUUCAUAUGUGUACCAAAGAAGUACAACUGCUAUCUCAAUUGUGGCACCCAUCUGCUAUGCCCACCUUGCUGCCCAUCAGAUGGGGCAGUUUAUGAAGUUUGAGGAUUCCUCAGAAACUUCUUCAGGACAGAGAAACAUCACUCCAGAAGGGAAUAUCCUGGUCCCAGAGCUUCCCAGAUUGCAUGAGAAUGUCCAGGGUUCUAUGUUCUUCUGUUGAAUUGAUGAUGACAUCAUUUUUCGUAAAUACUGGUAAGCUCGGCUAGUUUCUGAACACUGUAUAGGUAGGCGGCACAGAGAUGUACACAAAGAGGCAACCCCUUCUUUCUUUUUGGUUGAGGUGUGGGGUAGAGAGAAUAGAAGGAAGGAUACAAUGACUUGAUUUAAUUUUUUACAAUUCAGAUAUCCUAGUCUGUUUUCAGGGUUAGCGAUUCUUACCAAGUGGCGAGUUUGCAUAUUUUAAUUUUCUCCUCCCCAUGUUUACCUGGUUGACUAUGGCCGGAACAGCUUUUUAUCUGAUAAUUGGAAAUAUGCAGUGAUUUAA